AUGGUAGAAACCACACAAUUUUUAAGUGAACUACGCGCUGAACGCGCAUCAAAGGCAGUCGAUUCAGAAGAAUCGCAAACGCCAGUCCCAGAGGAGGACACCACGCCAGCUUCAGAGGAAGCAAAUACCGAUACGCCAGCUUCAAAAGAAGUUCAUACGCCAGCUUCAGAGGAAGCUAGUCCAUCUGACCAAAGGGUCGUAAAUGAUGAUACAUUAAGCAUUCUAGGAGGCGAUGACUUUGACGAUAAUGAGGACCUUUUAGAUGAAAUUGUUAAAUCGUUACGGCCGUCAGACUCUAUAGGCCCACCGAUACAUCAAAAAAUCGCAAAAACUGUAAACAACAAGUUUUCAUCAGAUCCCGGACUAGAGAAGCGUAAGGAAAAAUUUGAAAAAUAUAAAACACCUGAAAAAUGUCCAAAGCUUUUUGUACCAAAGGUUAAUGAACCUAUUUGGACGAGCCUCAAAGCUUUUCACCGACAGCGUGACUUACGCACAGCAGUCUUACAAGACUCUAUUAAUUGUUCGAGUAUCAAGCGCAUUUUCUGUUACAGUUGACGAGCUACUAAAAUGUAGAGAAAACAAGACAUUGCCUGAUUAUCGUACUGUUGCCUCACGUCUUUUUGACUCAGUUGCGCUUUUGGGCCAUGUUAAUACGGAAUUAUCCUAUAAAAGACGGGAUUCACUGCGCCCAUUACUCAGUAACGAAUUAAAGCCUGCUUGUCACCGACCGAACAAACCUGAGAAAUUUCUUUUUGGUGACUAUCUGGGCAAAUCAGUCAAUGAGGCUAAAUUGCAUGGGAAGUUCUUGCUGCGUGAUUCAUUCCCGCGCCAACGGUUUAUGCCUUAUCCAAACCAAAAAAGGCAACAAUUUUUACCAAAACGGGGGAGGGGUCAUUUCCUCCCCAGCAAACAUUCCGUCCGUUCCUAAGCCAACAACAGAAGAGUCAUUUCCGUCAAUAAAUAACCAGGUAAUUGGUUUUCCGACAUACUUUACCUCGAAAAUCUUGCCAAAUUUAAAAAGACUGAUUGAUCUAUUUUGUGGCGGCCAAAUUAAAUAUUUUAGUCACAGUGGGAAGGUUUGACUUCUGACAGAAGUAUACUACAGACUGUCAAAGGUGAAGUCAUUGAGUUUAUCGGAGACCCCCCAACAUGUUCUAAUUAUCCAACAAACUCGAUUUCAAAAGAUCAUGAAAUUAAAAUGGACGAAGAGAUUUCUAAACUCUUGGCUAAAAACGUCAUUGUCAAAACUUUCCGCGAACCAGGCGAGUUCAUUUCGCCAAUCUUUUCCGUUCCCAAGAAAGAUGAUAAGGUUCGACUUAUCUUAAAUCUCAAAAUAUUUAAUGAACAUGUCAAAUCAUACCAUUUUAAAAUGGAUUCCAUUAACACCGCCUUAUCACUUAUGACAAAAGAAUGUUGGCUAGCAUCCCUCGAUCUCAAGGAUGCGUAUUAUACUGUUGGUAUACAUAAGGACUAUCAAAAGUUCUUAAAAUUCUUUUAUAAAGGAAAACUUUUCAAAUAUACUGUUUAUCCAAAUGGUUUGUCAACAUGUCCACGAAACUUUACCAAACUACUUAAACCAUGCAGUCUUAUGUACCUUACGAAAAAAUGGUCAUAUACUUGUAGUAUUUAUUGAUGAUAUUUUGAUCAUAUCCACCUCAUAUGAGGGCUGUAUUACAUCAAUUAUUGAGGCUGUCAAUCUCCUCACUAACUUAGGCUUUGUCCUUCAUGUUGAGAAGUCAAUGUUUUUCCCUCAACAGAAGAUUGUGUUUUUUGGUUUCAGCUCAAUUCCGCAACAAUGAAAAUUAAGCUAACUAAUGAGAAAAUCACAAAAAUAAUGUCUCUUAUUUCAUGUAUACUAAAUUCAGACAGGUACACAAUUCGGUAUAGGUAGCCCAAAUUAUUGGGUUACUUGUUUCUAGUUUCCCAGCCGUUCGAUCGGAGAAUGUCACUAUCGAGUCAUUGAGCACUAGAUAAGAUUCAGGCAUUAAAAAUAGCAAAGGGAAAAUUUGAUAAAUAUAUGCAAUUGUCAACUCGUUCAAUUGAAGAUCUGAAUUGGUGGUUAUUGAAUUUACCAAACUUUUACAACUUGAUCCAUCCCACUCCUGUAGAUGUCAGUGCUAAUUCAGAAGCAUCUCUCACGGGUUGGGGAGGUGUGCUGGAUAGCUGUUCUAUGGGAGGGUCUUGGACUGCAGUCGAAGCACAACAACAUAUAAAUUAUUUGGAAUUGCUCGCUGCGUUUUUCACUUUAAAAAGUUUUAUAAACCACCUAAGAAAUAAGCAUGUAAAAAUCAUGAUUGAUAACACAACGGCAGUGUCGGUAAUUAAUAAUAAAGGCACAAAUCACAGUGAGCAAUGCAAUGAGGUGACACAUGAGAUUUGGGCCUUAUGUGAAAAGCAUGGAAUUUGCCUGGUAAACUGAAUAUUCUUGCCCAUAAAGAAUCCAGAAACAAAAACCUUGACACUGAAUGGAUGCUUAAUAAAACAUAUUUGACUGAAACUCUAUCUAAACUAUAUGUAUUUCACCUAAUAUUGAUCUGCUUGCCUCUCGAUUAAACAAACAGUUUGAUACAUACGUAUCUUAUAAACCAGACCCAUAUGCUAAGCAUAUCGAUGCCUUUACUAUUUCCUGGGCAUAUGAAAAAUUUUAUUGUUUCCCUCCUUUCAGUUGCAUUCUGAGAGCACUCAGGAAAAUAAUUCAAGACAAAGCCACGGGCAUUCUUGUGGUCCCCGACUGGCCAACACAGAGCUGGUAUCCCCUCCUACUUCAAUUUCUAGUGAAGCCCCCACAUCGUCUAUUGCCCAAAGCCGACCUCUUAGUCUUACCAUCAGACUGGGACCACAAACAUCCUCUCCACAAGAACUUGAACAUUCUUAUUUGUCAUGUAUCAGGAAUAAACUGCAAGUGAGGGGUUUCGCCACCGAUACAAUUGACAUUAUUCUCAGUUCUUGGCGAGAGGGAACUAAGACGCAAUAUCAGUCAACUGCAAAGAAAUGGUUUGAUUUUUGUCAGAAAAACAACUGUGAUAUCAUUUCACCAUCUUUGCCUCAGGCAUUGUUAUUUCUGUCCGAUUUAUUCAAAUCUG